AGAAUUUCGAUCUCUUGACAGUGGUAGACCGUGGUAAGACCAAGACAUUUAUCUUAAAAAAUGAAUAACCAACACAUUUUGAAUUUUUCGUCGACACCGAUAAAAUUGAAGAAAGUUUCUCAAAUAAGGUUCCAAUCUCGAUUAUUAUUAAACUAAGAAAAAAGUCUGAAAAGUCGGUCGGUUAAGGAUAUUGGUCAAAGAGUUCAAUCUCAAUUAUUCGCCGAUUCUUUAAAAUAUUAUUAUACGGAGACGGAGAUUCAACUUUUCUAGAUCUUCUUUUAUCUUCAACCUCACCGUUUUCUUCCUCAAGUUGGGUAUACUGAUUUUUCAGAUACUGAAAUCUGAAAACCAAAGUAGCUGUUCUUCAGACUUUGAGCUUCAAUGGAAAACGACGGCGUUUUGCACGUGGUGGUAUUCCCAUGGCUGGCCUUGGGCCAUCUCAUUCCUUUUGCUCGACUGGCCACUUGCUUGGCCCAUAAGGGCCUCACAGUUUCCUUCGUAUCAACCCCAAGAAACCUCAGUAGAAUUCCCAAAAUACCCCCACACCUCUCCUCCGCCGUCAACCUCGUCGCCGUUCCUCUGCCGCACGUCGACGGUCUUCCCGACGGCGCCGAGGCUUCCUCCGACGUGCCGUACAACAAGCAGCAGCUACUGAAGAAGGCAUUCGACUCUCUCGAGUCUCCCUUGGCCGCUUUGCUUCGAGAUCUCAAUCCCGAUUGGAUCAUCUACGAUUACGCCUCUCACUGGCUUCCGCCGCUCGCCGCGGAGCUCUGUGUAUCGUGUGCUUUCUUCAGCCUCUUCACCGCCGCGUUUCUUGCUUUUAUUGGCCCGCCGUCGGUCCUGAUUGGAUGCGGAGGUUCCCGGUCAACUGUCGAGGACUUCACGGAGGUUCCGGAAUGGAUGCCUCCUGGAUCGAACAUCGCAUUCCGGUACCACGAGAUCAAAAAAUCCCUAGAUGGAGCAACCGGCAACGAAUCGGGAACGCCCGAUACAAUUCGAUUCGGCACCGCGAUUGAGGAGAGCGUCGCUGUGGCUAUAAGAAGCUCCCCGGAACUGGAGCCGGAAUUGUUCGAUUUGCUCGCAAGGCUUUACAAGAAGCCAGUUAUUCCGGUAGGAUUUCUGCCUCCAUUAAUGGAAGAUACGGAGGAAUUAAGCGGCGAUAUCAGGGAAUGGCUGGACAAACAGAGCUCGAACUCGGUUCUCUACGUUGCAUUCGGGACCGAGGCGACACUGAGUCAAGAUGACGUCACUGAGUUAGCCUUCGGACUGGAACAAUCAGGGAUUCCAUUUCUGUGGAUACUGAGAACCUCACAUCGGAGCGAGUCAGGAAUGUUACCGGCCGGGUUCAAGGAGCGAGUCGGAGGGCGAGGAAUGGUUCACGAGGGAUGGGUACCGCAGGUGAAGAUACUGAGUCACGACUCGGUCGGCGGGUGUUUGAGCCACUGUGGAUGGAACUCGAUCAUCGAGGGGCUGGGAUUCGGGCGAGUAAUGAUUCUGUUUCCGGUAGUGAACGAUCAGGGAUUGAACGCGAGAUUGUUGGAGGAGAAGAAAGUGGGAAUUGAGAUAGAGAGGAAUGAGAGAGAUGGAUCGUUCAGGCGCGAAUCGGUGGCGGAAUCGGUGAGGUCGGCCAUGGCGGCAAGUUCAGGGGAGUUGUUGAGAGAGAAGGCCAUGGAAAUGAAGGGGUUGUUUGGAGACGAAGAUAAGAACGUGCGUCAACUGGACGAGUUUGUGCAAUUUCUUCGGGCAAAUAGGAAUAAGUAGAUUUUUUAUUUUUUAUUUUCCUUUUUCUACUGUUUAAAGUUUUACCUAAAUUACAUUACAAACGAGUGCUAUUGAAUUUAAUUAUAUCAUCUAUCACUUUUUUUUUCUUUCUAUUUUUUCUAGGAUGAAGCUACCGUCUAACAUUUAAGUUCAUGUAAUCCUUCAAACUCGUGACUUUUAUCGUAUAUGUUGUUAUUUUAAAAAUUUUCUUGUU